AUGGCCACAAACAAAUCUUUCACGAAACAAACAGGCGGCCUGGAAGUUGCCAAGACCUACUCUUCGCACAUCACUGGCAAAACUAUUCUUAUUACGGGUGUCUCUCCUGGAGGUAUUGGCGAGGCUACAGCUCGUGCGUUUGCACACGGCGGUGCAUCUGUUAUUAUCGCUACUGGGCGCGAUAAAGCACGCGUCGAAGAGCUGGCUAGGCAAAUCUCCGCCGUGUAUCCAUCUACAAAGUUUCGCUGUGUCGAACUCGAUCUUGCCUCACUCCGAGACGUUCAUCGCGCCGCGAACGAGAUACUUGAGGAUGGAUCAAUCCUCAAGAUCGAUAUUGUUGUCAACAAUGCUGGCAGCCAAUUUGGAAACGCUGAGCGCGAGCUCACCGCGGAUGGUAUAGAGACACAUCUCGGUACCAACCACCUAGGCCACUUCCUCCUUGUCAAGCUUCUUCUUCCACGACUGCGCGCUGCCGCCAAAGUAAAUCCCCCCGGUGCGACCCGACUAGUUUCUGUUAGCAGUGAGGCAUGCCAAUUCAGCCCUUUCCGCUUCAGCGACUGGAAUUUUGAUUGCGAUAAAGAACUUCCCGACAACGAAAGGCCAAAUUGGCCUGCGCUAACAAGCAUGCUUGGAAUCUCUGAAACCUCAAAGUUCAAUCCUUAUGUUGCUUAUGGACAAAGCAAGACUGCCAAUGCUCUCUUCGCUGUUCACUUUAACCAAUUGUUUUCCAAAGAAGGGAUUUUUGCUUUUGUCAUUCACCCCGGAGGGGUACAAAGCACAGCAGCGAAGAGAACGAUUGCAGCUGCGCCAGAAGAACAGAAGGCGAUCUUCAGAGAAUUGCUAUGGAAGAGCAUCGACCAAGGAAGCUCAACAACCUUAGUAGCCGCCUCGGACCCUGGUCUUAGCCCAGUAAAAGGCGUAUGGUUAGAAGACAAUCAGCUUGGCCACCCAGUGUCGUGGGCCGUAGACGAAAAGAAAGCGGAAAUGCUGUGGAAACUUUCUGAGGAGAUAAUUGUUGAAAAGUUAUCUUAG